AUGUACUGGACCACCCCCCUUCGGGCUGCCGAGAGGCCGGGCGGGCCGUCUCCCGCGCGCGGGGAGGGCCGGAACGUCGAGGCGGGGGCCCCGCGCGCCGCCCGGACCGGAAGUGGCGGCGGACCCGCGGGGCCCGGAAGGGGCGGCGGCCGCGCGGGGGACCGGAAGUGGCUGCGGACCGGAAGUGGCUGCGGACCGGAAGUGGCGGGCGGUGGCAGGCAGAGCCGGGCUCGAGCGGGACCUGGUCUCGUCCGCCCGCCCGCCAUGCUGCCCGCUCUCAAGCUGCUGCGAGCCGGCCCCCGCCUCCGCCCGGGCCCCGCGCUCGCCGACCGGCUCUCCCGAUGCCACGGCGGCGCCCGGAAACCUCGGGUGGCCCCGGACCCCGCCCCGGGCCCCUCCCCGCGCCGGGACCGGGCCGGAGUCGGCGCGGGCGAGAGCUCCGAGGCCGAAGUCAGCCUGGACGUCGUCUCCCCGGAGGUGAAGACGGAGCUGGAUUUCGACCGAGCCAUCAGGGCCGAGUUCACGGACCAGCUGAAGCUCCUCAAGAAGCGGUUCCUGGACCAUCUGGUGGGGCCGGAAGGCCGGCCCAUGACGGAGGUCCUGCUGGAGAACGCCAAGGUGGUCUGGCGGUUCCGCGGCCCGGGGGACCUGGACCGGUGGACGGUGACUUCGGACAAGACGGUCGGAGGCCGGAGCGAGGCCUUCCUGAAGAUGGGCAGGAACAACCAGAGCGCCCUGCUCUACGGGACCCUCAACACCGAGGUCCCCCGCGACGGGCAGACCCGCUACAGCGGCUACUGCGCCAUGAUAUCCGGGAUCCCCAGGGGCUUCCUGGACAAGAAGGAGUCCUACGACUGGUCGAGCUUUAACACCCUCUACCUGCGCGUCCGCGGCGACGGCCGGCCCUGGAUGGUCAACAUCAGGGAGGACACGGACCUCUUCCACAGGAGACACCUGAUGUACAGUUACUUCAUGUUCACCCGCGGCGGGCCGUACUGGCAGGAGGUCAAGAUUCCCUUCUCCAAGUUCUUCCUGUCCAGCCACGGGAAAGUCCGGGAUGGCCAGUUCCGGCUGCUGGCAGACAAGGUGGCCACCGUGGGCUUCACGCUGGCCGAUAAGGUCAACGGGCCCUUCUUCCUGGAGAUCGAUUUCAUCGGCGUGUUCCACGACCCCGCGCACGUCGAGGAGUUCGCCUACGAGAACACGGAAGUCCUGUGCCCCCGCCUGUAGGCCCCGGCGGCCGCCGCUCUCUGCGCCGCGUCGCGGGCGGGCAGACACGGGCCGUGGCGGAGGCCGGAGGCCCCCCGCCUCCUCAAGAACCCCGUUUUGCUGGCGCCUGGGCCCCGGGCCGACAAGGCCCGGUCACAGCCGUUGCCCACCGGGGCCCAGCGGCCGGGCUCUUUCAGCCCUACUCUGCCCCCCCCCUUAAGACCUACCGGAUCCUGAUGCCGAAGCGUGUGGAAAUAAACGUGGUGCGACGUUAUAUCACGUCGUAGAUGCUCUUUCCGGUUGGUAGGUCAGCGGGCUGCCUGUGUCAAUCCCGCCAAAAGCCCUUCGUCCACUUUGUGAAUGGUAAUGUUAUUAAUAAAUAGCAUUUUUUAAGCA